ACUUACCGCCUGUGUCCCUUCUCCGGCCGGGCAGCCCUCGGGGGCCGCCACUCGCCCUGUCGUCCCCGGACGGGGCGGGGGCCGGUCCCCGUUCCCGUCCCUCCGGCUUCUCCCGGUGGUGACGGUGCCGGCCGGCGGUGCCGUCCCGCUGCAGAGCACACCUACGGCGAGGUCAACCAGUUGGGGGGCGUCUUCGUCAACGGGCGGCCGCUGCCCAACGCCAUCCGGCUGCGGAUCGUGGAGCUGGCGCAGCUGGGGAUCCGGCCCUGCGACAUCAGCCGCCAGCUCCGCGUCUCGCACGGCUGCGUCAGCAAGAUCCUGGCCCGCUACAACGAGACGGGCUCCAUCCUCCCGGGGGCCAUCGGGGGUAGCAAACCGCGGGUCACCACCCCCAACGUGGUCAAGCACAUCCGUGACUACAAGCAGGGCGACCCCGGCAUCUUCGCCUGGGAGAUCCGCGACCGGCUGCUGGCCGACGGCGUCUGCGACAAGUACAACGUCCCUUCGGUCAGCUCCAUCAGCCGGAUCCUCCGCAACAAGAUCGGCGGCCUCUCCCAGCCCGGCCCCUUCGACGGCGGCAAGCAGCACCCCCCGCCCCAGCCCGCCCUGCCCUACAACCACAUCUACCAGUACCCUUACCCCAGCCCCAUGGCCUCGCCGGCCGCCAAGAUGGGGGGCCACCCCGGGGCCACCGUGGCGACCGCCCACGUCAGCCUGCCCCGCUCCUGGCCCUCGGCCCACUCCGUCACCAACAUCCUGGGCAUCCGCACCUUCGUGGAGCAGACGGGUGGGUACCGCGCUCCGCGCAUCCCCCCCCAGGCAGGGAUCUCCCCUUCCCCUCCCGGCCGGCAGCUCUUUCCUCCUUCGACCCCGAUUUUUUGCGGGGAUAAGGGGUUUUUUUUGUUUGUUUUUCGGGGUUUUUUCGUCCUUCGACCCCGAUUUUUUGCGGGGAUAAGGGUUUUUUUUUUUUCCCUUUCCGAAGGGGUGCUUCUUCUGAGGGCAGGGAGAUGGGGGGUCUGGUGGGGCAGAGCCAUUUUUGGGGAGCUGGCAAAAGAGGUCCUGCAUGCGUGCAGAUGUGGAACAUGCCUGGCAGCAGCAAUGUGUUUGGACUCCAUCAAUCCCUUGCCUUCUUGUUGUCUUUUUUUUCCCCCCUCUAUCCUUCUUGCAGUUGUGGACAGAAAAACUGCCAGCCCUGUAGGGAAAUCUCCAGACCCUCUAAACACCAUCCAUGGACUCUCUAUCCCAGCCUCCUCUUCCUAGAGCCACGGAGCAGCAGUCAAGAGACAGUGACUCUUGGAAUAAGCACCUCCAAACUGUAACCAAAGCCCAAAGUGCCACCAAACUGUACCUGAAGUGCCACUGCCUCCGGACAAGGACGAGGAGACAGCCUGGAUAGGGAGAGGUGACAUCCUCCCACAGCAAAUCCCUGCUCAGGAGAGUGUGGUCGGGACGUUGGGACAUUGACUCACACUGCCCAGAGGGAUGCUUUACCUCCAUUGGAUUGGAAAGCGGUGACAGAAGAGACUCAGUCUUCCUUCUUUUUUUUUUUUUUUUUCCCCUUGCUCUCAGUUUUCUUUUUCCUUCCCCUGUCUCUGAGGACUGUGGGAUGCAGGGCAGCGAACGCCUCCAUCCCCAGCCGUUGCUCAGAGCAUCACCAGCUCUGCCCCAGCCCCAGGGAGCACAUUCCCCCCCCUGGAGUGGUUUCUGGCUCUUUGACCCAGCAGCCAGACAAGCUGUGCCACGGGACCCGCUCCGUCCCAGCCUUCUGCCCCGGGGCGGAAACGGACACGCGUGCCCCAAUGUUUUAUGAUAUAUUUUUAUAAUAAUAAACCUUAAUAAAAAGCGA